AUACCUCCAGAAACUGUCGUUGACUAAAAAUUAUUUGGUAGUUGAUAUGGCGGAGGGCGACUUGAAUGUGGACAGCAUAAUAUCCCGCUUGUUAGAAGCUCGCGGAAGACCAGGAAAGAGUGUUCAACUAGCAGAAUCGGAAGUCCGUGGACUGUGUCUUAGAUCCAGGGAAAUCUUUUUGAACCAACCCAUUUUGCUGGAGUUGGAAGCUCCUCUCAAAAUAUGCGGUGACAUUCAUGGACAAUACACAGAUCUUUUAAGAUUAUUUGAAUAUGGAGGCUUUCCUCCCGAGGCAAACUACCUGUUUUUGGGUGAUUAUGUGGACAGAGGAAAACAGUCUUUGGAAACCAUCUGUCUGUUGUUAGCCUAUAAGAUCAAAUAUCCAGAAAACUUCUUUCUGUUGCGAGGAAACCAUGAAUGUGCUAGCAUUAACAGAAUAUACGGCUUCUAUGAUGAAUGCAAAAGGCGGUAUAACAUCAAGCUGUGGAAAACCUUCACUGACUGUUUUAACUGUUUACCAAUCGCUGCUAUAGUGGAUGAAAAGAUCUUUUGCUGCCAUGGGGGUCUCUCACCAGAUUUACAGUCUAUGGAACAGAUUAGAAGAAUCAUGAGGCCCACAGAUGUUCCAGACACUGGUCUUCUUUGUGACUUACUUUGGUCAGACCCGGACAAAGACACAAAUGGCUGGGGUGAAAAUGAUAGAGGAGUUUCCUUUACAUUUGGAGCUGAUGUAGUGAGCAAAUUCUUAAACCGUCAUGACUUAGAUCUCAUAUGCAGGGCUCAUCAGGUUGUGGAAGAUGGCUAUGAAUUUUUUGCCAAAAGACAGCUAGUUACAUUGUUCUCAGCACCCAAUUACUGUGGAGAAUUUGAUAAUGCAGGUGGAAUGAUGAGCGUGGAUGAAACCCUGAUGUGUUCUUUCCAGAUUUUGAAGCCAUCAGAAAAGAAAGCCAAGUACCAGUACGGUGGAUUAAACUCUGGCCGACCUGUCACACCUCCAAGAGGUCCACCAAAAGCAAAAGGAAAGAAAUAGGCUUGAGAUUUAGUUGGCAAGCCUCACUUCUUCUACUGAAAGGACUCUAAACUUGUUGUUUGUGAUACAAGUUAUCAAAUCCUCCUUGAUACUGAGAUAGUUUUGUUUAUUUUUGGCAAAAAGUAAACUCCUCCUAUUGGUGUCGUAGAUACCAUGUUUACUGCAGUUUCUCAGAAUGGAAUGGUCUGUAGAUCAUUCACAAGUUAUUUGUGAUAAAAUUAUUUUAGCUUACCUUAAACAGAGUACAUUUGCCAGACAAUUGGUUUAUCCUUUUACUUAUUUAUCUGAAAUUCAGUUUGUCGUGUGUUUGUGUGUUUUGUCUGGCAUUAAAAUGUUUUAUAAUUGAUUGAGAAAAGUGAAGCUUCUUGGCCAAGGUUCAGGAAUUUUUAAAGUUAAACAGUGCACUUAGCACACUUAGCAGUUUCUUCACAAAGUCAGUGGUAGAUGAAAUUGAGUUAAAGCUGAAAGAUAGCUUUGAGUGUGAUGUUCAUGAUAAUGACGUGGAAAGAUAACCAGCCAUUUCUAAGCCCUCUGCCUUAAAUUUAUUGGCUGCUUAUCUAUUCACUUUUAGUCAGAGUUCUGGAAGGUUUUUUCUUUCCUAGAAGUUACAAUUUCAGUUUGUAGUUAUUUUUGACCACAGUACAAAUUAGAUGUUGCAGUUUUAUUCCUCUGUAAACCUACAACUGAAUUUCAAGGUGCAAAAAAUAGAUAAUUUAAUUAAAAUUUUGUUGCCAUCAAACAGGACUAUACUGAGUUUACUUGGUAUAUAUUUCUGUUGUAAUUCUAUUCAUAUAAUGGGCAAAUGAGGCACAUCAAUCUGUAACUUUAGUUGUGAAAAAAUGAAGUAGCAGUAGCAGUUACUGGUACCGAUCAUGAUUGAUUCUGAAAGUCUGUGUGUUUUCCAAAGAGGAUAGUCCUGAUGCACCCGAAAUAUUGGAUGCUACAUGUAUUUCCACCUCAUUAGCAGAAAAGGAAUUUGCACAGUUGAUAAAUAGUUUAACAAAGGAUAAAGGAUGUGGUCAUGAGCCAUCUUAAGAAGGUUUCAACUACAGUCUGAGUACUUCAACAGACAUUAUUGGUUCAAUGUUGCAAUCAUUAUUUUUUCCAUGAAAACAGUAAUAGAUUGUGGUUGAUCUGCCUGUCUGUGUUAAAUUUAGUUUCACAGUUAUGUUCAUAAAGUAGAUGAAGUUACAUGUACUGAAAUUUUUAUUUCAACCACAAAAUGUAACUUUUGUAGAUCCAAGAGCAACUCCAUGUUAGAAUCUACUUUUCAAAGUUUUGAAUGCUAAAACUUGUAACAAUAUAACUUGAGCUCCUUGUAGGUGAGCCUUGUACUAAAUUGCAUAAGGCAAGAUAGCCUGUAUUGCAGGCAGAGUUGAUUGCCAGAGAAGUAAAUUUUGACUUUGUCUUCAAUACAGA